GGCAAAGGCGAACCCCACCCAUCUUCACUUUGAAAAGUCAAUGGGUUUGGUUGGUGUUUUGGUGGUGGAUGCACGUCACCUACCAUCGCCAUCCCCCCUCACCAUUAUCACCACCCACCCACCACCCCCACCCUUACCCCCACUCCCAUUAUUCACCCCCACUUCAAUCCUCUCCCUUAUCAUUCACCCUUUCCUCUCCACCACACACUCACCCCCAUGUCCACCACCGCCACCACCGCCGCCGUCAAACGCAAAUUCCCACCACCAUGCUGGACCCGCGACGAAGCCCUCGUCCUCAUCCAAGCCUACCGUGAACGCUGGUACGCCCUCCACCGUGCCUUUCUAAAAAACCCCGAUUGGGACGCCGUCGCUGAGAAAGUCACCACCUCCUGCCCCGAUGUCACCCCGCCCAAAACCUCCGCCCAGUGCCGCCACAAGAUGGAGAAACUCCGCCAGCGCCACCGUGCCGAAAAGCUACGCGCCUCCUCCUUCCCCGGCGGCCGGUUUUUCUCCUCUUGGUUCUAUUUCGAAGCCAUGGAAGCCAUGGAAAACGGACCCGAUGAAAAACCCGCAAUCAAUGAUCAUGAUCAAACCAAUUCAGAAAUUGGAACUGGGAUCCCGGUUUCGGAGCAUCCGGGUUUGAACCCGGGUCGUGGGAUCCGGUUUAAACCUUCACAUGUUCAAGGUUUGGUAACUUUAGCUUCUAACCCCACCAAUUAUAACCCGGGUCGGACCAUACCUGUUUCAAGUCACACUUAUGUGAAUACCAACAAUUGGGUUGAUCACAAUCCUAAUCAUAAUCACAAUCAAAGUCAAGAAGAUGAUACCGAAGAUGGGUAUCUUGUCGAUUCGGGUAUCAACGAAACCCGUAAGAAUUAUAAGCAUUCGGCAUACACCGGUCGGAUGAACCCGCCGGUUUUUUCGGGUGUUCCGAGAAAGUUUCGAGAAGUCGACGAGGACGGCGAAAUGUGGGUUAAGGUGGCUAGGAAGAGUGGUGUUAGUCAGGGGAGGAAGAGGGGGGAUGGUGGGAUUCGUGACGUGGUGGCGUCGAUUAAGUUGUUGGGUGAUGGGUUUAUGAAAGUUGAGAAAAUGAAGAUAGAUAUGGUUCUAGAGAUUGAGAGGAUGCGGAUGGAGACGGAGAUGAAGCGGAACCAGUUGAUCUUGGAUUCGCAGAAGCAGAUUGUGGACGCGUUCGUGAAGGGGUUGGUUGAGACUAGGAAGCUCGCAAGAGGAGAGACAGUCGCGGAGUUGUAGGUUCGGAUAAUCGGAUAUGUGAUUAGUUCUUGCUUUCAAUAAUGUGUUGUUGGUUGGAAGGUUAAGGUUAACAUAGAUUUGGUUAGUUGUUGUAAAAAUAUAUUAGUAUUGGUUCAAGGGGUUCAAACUUAUGUUGUUUAUGUAUGUCAAUCUGAUCAAGAAGAUUUGCAUCCUGUAAACGUGCAAUUGAUCGAAACUUUCUUUCAGAUUCUUGCCUGAAGGGAACUUUGUAGAUCAUUAGAUCUAUUCUUCUUCAACAUGAAGUUGGAAUUUAGUGAUUACUUUA